AUUGCCGCUGCGAAUGAGAAAUUGCUGCAAAAUCUUAUGGAUGCCACUACGGAUUUUUAUAACAGCUUGGCACUUGAUAAUAGCAAUAAAAUAAAUGCCUUGAAUAAUAAGAUUUCAGAUAUGCAAAAUGAUAUGAAAGACAUAGCCGAAGAUUUAAAGUCUUUUAUAGAAAUUAUGUUGUUGCAGAAGGGGGGCGAUGACGAUCUGACAGAUGAUGCCAUUAAGGAUUUGAAAAUUAAUCCAUCUUUCUUUAAUGAAGAUGAGGAGAAGAAGAUGGAGGAAGUCACGCGAUACAACAUCCGGAAACGUAUCUACAUUGGAAACGAAGUUGCAGUGAAAAAACUACAAAGUUUUGAAUUGGAUAAAGAGAAAAAGAAAAUUGAAAAGACCGCAAAAAUCAUCA